GCCUUUGCGCGCGCCGCUUCCACAGCUUUCCGCGGCGCAGGCGCGGCGUGCGGGAAAUGGCGGAGCUGGAGCUCGGGCAGCACUGCGGGGUGGCGCAGUGCCGCCAGCUGGAUUUUCUCCCCUUUGUAUGUGAUGGCUGUUCAGGAGUAUUUUGCCUGCAGCACAGGAGCCGGGAUGCUCAUGGGUGUUCUGAGGUGAAUAUAAGAAAUAACUGUGUGAAAUCAGAUCAGCAUAGAUCUUACCCAUGCUCAUUUAAGGACUGCAAUGGAAAGGAGCUUUUACCAGUUUUAUGCCCCUGCUGUGGAAAACACUUUUGCUUAAGGCACCAGCAUCAAUCAGACCAUGAAUGUGAGAAGUUGGACACACCAAAACCUCGAAUGGCUGCCACCCAGCAGCUAGUUCAAAAUAUUAUAGAUGCUAAAAAAAGUGAGCAAGCCAAAAGCAAAAAACGGAAAGGAGCGAAAAACAGUGAGACAGCAGCAAAGGUGGCACUAAUGAAACUGAAAAUGCACGCCUGUGGGGAUAAGUCUUUGCCUCAGACAGAAAGAAUUUACUUUCAAGUAUUCUUACCAAAGGGAAACAAAGAAAAAAGCAAGCCCAUGUUCUUUUGCAGUAAGUGGAGUAUUGGCAAAGUAGUAGAUAGUGCAGCUUCCUUAGCAAGCCUCAAAAAUGACAACAACAAAUCAACAGCCCAGAAAUUGAGAUUAUGCCAUACUACCUCUGGAGAAGCCUUACCAUUUGAGCACACUUUGGAAACAUGGCUAUCUGAUAACGAAUGUCCAUUGUACAAUGGUGGAAACAUCAUUUUGGAAUAUCUUGACAAUGAAGUUCUAUUUAUAGAAGAUAUGGAAUCAUACUUCAGUUAAUCAGCAAACUAUCACAAACAAAAAAAUCAAAGAUUUUUUCAAAAUGUGUGUGGCAUUCAAACCAAGUCCAUUUUCUUUUUAAAAUCACUAGUAUAUCAUAAUUUGUCCUCUGUUACAAAGACACAGUUUCCAUCAAUACUCCAGUUGCACUGACUGAAUUGAAUACUGUUCUAAAAGCCAAAUUAGUUAUUGUAAUAACUAAUAUAAGUGAUGUGUUCUAGAAUAAAUCUUUGCUUUAUAUCUGUAUAAUGUCAGUACUAUUCUCUUAAAUUUUGUAUUUAUGGUAUUUUUGUGUAAAUUAUGAUAAAAGUAUGUAUUAAGACCAAUAAAUAAUGAAAAUGUGAA